CGAAAAAAGGGGUAAGCUAAGCUACCAUUGGAAUUGGCAAAUGACAUGAGAGAGAGAGUUACUGACAUUUGCUCUUGGAUCUACCAAACAGCUUUAGCAUAAUAGCAUGGAUGGUGGUGGCGGCGGUGGCGGUGGCGGUGGCGGUGUUGCUGUAACGAGGUUGAAGUCAUUAUUCAAUUAAUGGAGAUGGCGAGAGUGGUUAAGAAUUGGUGGAGCCAUUCAAAGACUGUGGUUCUGAUCUGGUCUAUUUGCAUCGUCCUUUCUUUCUCUUUGUUCCGACUGGCUCUCAAUAAUUCCUCUUCCCUUAAUCCCUCUUCUUCGUCUUCGUCUUCGUCAGAUUCUUCUAUUUCAAAUAUGGAACAAAGAUCAAGAUUAUAUGAUAAAAUGGCAAGGGAUUUGGAUGAGAAUGGACCAACUUUCCUCAAACAUGGAGAGACAUCUCAGUCAUUGUCACUUUCAGAUAUUUUCACCUUGAAGGAUGGAUCCAUAAUGCCUGUACUUAAGGCAGCAAACCCUCCUGUCCGGGCUAAUGUCUUGUAUCUAAGCCCAGAAUACUCAGUGCCCAUCUCGGAGGCUGUAAAACAUAUAUUUAGCCCAUACUUUGAUAAAGCGAUUUGGUUUCAGAACUCUAGUUUAUACCAUUUCAGUAUGUUUCAUGCUUCACAUCAUAUUGAACCUGUUCCUGCGACCGAAGAUGAGAUUGAAGUUGAAGCAACUGCUGUUGGAGCUGUUGUAGAGGGCCUCUGUCCUUUAAAAAUUGUCUUAGAUAGAGUGGUUUUGACUUCGACUGGUGUGCUUCUUGGAUGCUGGCAGGUGAUCUCUGGACCUGAUCCCAUGACCAUUCGUGCUAAAUUGAGAUCUGCACUUCCACAUGCCCCAGAAAAGCAACUUUAUGAUGCUGCCAUUCUUCAUACUUCCUUUGCAAGGCUUCUUGGUCAUCCUAAAGCUUCACCCAUGGAGCCUCCAGAUGAACUAAAAAUUUUCCAUGAGCUGGUUGCGAGCCUAAACAAUAAGAUUCGCGGAUAUAAGGCAGUUAUUUCUGAACUGUGGUAUGUGGAGGAAUAUGACGUGCUGGCACUUGCAUUGGAUGGAAGAAUGAAGGUCCGCAGGUUCCAACUUGGUUGCAAAAGAACCUGAAGGUUUCAUUGUCACAAAUAUAAUUAAUCAUAUAUUGUACAGCUCCAGAAAUUUAUCGUCGUUUUUAACUUUAAACGCAUUGUGGUUUCAUCAUAUCCACAAAUAAAGGGCUCCUGUUUAGGUUAUGUUGCUUAUCUUUAUCCUGCAAAUUGAAAGGCUAAAAAACUUUUGCAUAUUAUCUUCUCUCUUUUAGAUAUAUAAAAUAAAAUUGUCGUAUUAUUUUCA